CUGGACUUCUCGACUGACUGGAUCUGGUCACUGGAGGAGCAGAUCACUGAGCGCGCGCCCGUGCGGAGUUUCCAGCGCGAGGAAGUAUUGAGUGGAAUAUUUUGGUCACUGCCCUGAAAUAUCAGCCGGAGUCCAUCAGAACACACUCUUUCCCAGCAAACCACACUGAAGAUGAUGAAGAUGAAGAGCAUCACGUGUCUUAUAGCCGUUCUGCUGUGUGUGAGAACCGCAGCUUCAGACUCCAGUGUGAUCUGCGAGCUGAAGGAUGUUCCCGGAAACAGCAACGAUUGGAUCGUCCUGAAGGAAACGCUUCUGGGAUGCUGGACGAAUUUCACCACCCGGGACAACGAGAGAGAAGUCCACAUCCUAAACCUGCUGUACACACACGAUAAAAAUAUGUUCUUCGCCCUCGACGUCACUGCAGCGAACCCGUCCGUGCUGAUCAUCACCUCUACAGCCACACAAACCAUCCAGGUCGUGCUUCAGAACAAUCCCGCAGUGAAGAUCGUAGUGACGAAUGGGACUUCAAUAAAGUUUUUUGGAAGUGAACCGCCUGAAGUUGUGCCGUCGGCAGACGGAGAUUCUGAACUUCUGAAAUGGGCCACAGAUACAUAUGGAGGAGUCACGUCCUUCACCACGGCACGACAUCCCAGUAACGUCGUUUUCACGGGGAUUCCGGGCACACUCUUCCAGCGACCCUCCACAUGCGACCUGCAGCCGGAAACACCAGCAGAUAAACACUUCAUCAAACUGGACCUGCACGAGCCAUCCGACGAGCUGCAAUCGUGUUACAUGAAGCAUCCUGGAAAACAGCUGCACGUGAUUAAUAUUCCUGACGACGUCAAAAUAAGGCAUGUGUCUGUGCAUUUGUCAUCCGAGUCUAAACUGCUCCUCCGAGGUCCACCAAACACUGAGUGGAAAAUCCACAUGGAUCACGGCAUCCAAUCUUGGUCCAACAAUCCUAUAAUCGUGAAUAACCGGACAGUAACCCGGAGGGAAAACAUGACGCUCUCAGACGACGCAGGAGACAUCAGACAGAAGGUUAUGAAAUACUUCGACGGCAUGUCCAUCACGAGCUACUCUGAGAUCCGUCUGAACGUGUCGCACAUCCAGCUGUGGAUCAGGGACAACUCCAGCUCCUCGGGACCAUCAGAAGGGCCGCUCACGACUCCGGCACCCACGUCUAAAUCAGUGGCUCCGUUUGAGAUGCAGUUGUUCUCGUCUCCAGACUUCAGGUCACCUCUGGAUUCUAACAGCAAAGUUCUGAGUGACAAGAGGGUGUAUGCGGAGAUCUCCCAUCCAAUCAUGGAAGGGAUCCCGUUCAGCAUCGAGGUCAUCCGGUGUUGGGUUCAAUCCACGCCAGUGGUGAGGAAAAUAUCCCUCAAAGAGGAGUCGUGUUUCAACGACUGUCCCAACAAGCUCAGAUUCUCCUUCGAGAUGCUCCAGGACCUGCCGUCCAGCUCGUGGGACCUAGAAUGCACAGUUCGACUUUGCUUUGCCCCGCAUAAGUUUUGUGACAAAGAAACACAAGUCAAGAGGAACUUGCAGGUCAAGCCAUAUAUACCGAACGCAAAUCCGUGUUUUGAGUUCGGACUCUCGGCUGUUCUGGGAAUCGCGUUCGGAGGAUUCCUGAUCGGGGUUCUCCUCACCGGUGCUUUAUGGUUCAUUAAGAUUCGCACAGGGCAUCCUGUGGCUCUGGGAAUGAGAUCAGCAGCGGCCGAACUCUCAGUGCUUUCUCUCUCCGGAUGCCCAUGUGGUUUGACCAAACGCCAGCCCGUGCCCACCCACCCGUCUCCGUCCGAAGACAGCAGUGCCAACGCCAGCAUCGGCAGCACCCAGAGCACUCCCACCAGCAGCAUGGCAUAACCAGAACAUAACCAGCACUCCCCGUUCCUCACACACACUCCAUUCGCUCCGCCGGCUACGGGAAGUCUGCGGGGACGAAGAAUAAAAAAAGAAAACGCUUGGCUCCCAGAGACAGGAAAAACAACGCAUAACCCCCAGGAACUAACAGGAAAUUGGUGGCAUUCCUGCGCCGGUGCCUCUCUGACGGAGGCCACAUGAGAUCUCUCAGACAAACAGCGCAUGACGCAUCAGUCCGGCUGAAGAGACGAACAAACAAACGUCAGCCGGACCGCCUCACAUCCCGUAACACUCAUGAUGUGAGAUGAUGAAACUAAUCAAAACAACGAUGAUAAAAUGAAGCAUUUUUAUUUUUAGAGUUCGUACUGUACUCUCACAUGCACGGGACAGAUUGGAAAAUGGCUACCUCGAGUCUCGAAGAGUCUCUAUGGAUGUAGAUUUGUUAAAUAUU